AUGGAAGCGACGUUGUACAAGUCCCGCAUUGAAAUUAUGCGGCUGGAAGCGUGCAACAUUAUGGAAAGGAUUCGUAAUGCUGGCGAAGGACUAGCGAUGACGUACGACUUGUAUAAGCUUCUUAUUCACGCUGAAGACGCAUCAGAAGGAUCUCAAGAGGAGUUCCACCAAAGAGAAGAAGAAGGGGUGCUAAUGGAUCCAAAGUUCACCAUGGACUUUGAAGCAGAAUGGAACCGAAUGGAGAACGAAAGUCGAGAAGGUGCAUUCCAACAACUCAAAGACAUGAUUUCCGAACUUCGACAAUAUGUCGGCGAAAGAGGAGGAAGACUACGAUACGGAAAAAAGAAGGACCCAUCACCUUCCGAUGAAACCGACUGCAUUGAACCACAGUGGGAAUUCGUGGAGGAAGACGACGUCAUAGGUUCAUUAGAGUCAGAGGAGUCUGAGGCGAACUUGCAAGAAGAUACGCUGGAUGAAGUUGAUGAACAUGCAGCUGGGACAAACAUGCGGGAAAACACCGUUGACGGAGGCGCAUCGUACGAAAGAUCAAGGAAGGAAUCUAUAGAAGCAAGUGAUGCAUAUUCCAGAAGAGGAUCCAGUGAAACAAACGUCUCCCAAACAAUUUAUCCCGGUGCCCAAAGAAGAAAGGAGAUAGAAGCCAGAAUGACAGAAAUCAAAAUCCAGAUACACAACGGAAAGGGAAUCCCGGAGAGGAAGAUAUGCCAUGCGAACUUCAUGAGGGAGCAAAAACGCUACAUGAGAUGUGCAUUCUGCCUCGCAAAAGGGAUGCAUUACAGUGAUUGCUGUCCUAUUGCGCCUAGCGUUGAAGUGCAGAAGACCAAGGAAACGGUGCAACCACUGCCACUCCGACGACCAUCACACGGCCUUAUGCAUCUUGCCGGAGCGUAUACGAGAAUACUAUUGGGAAUACGACGAACUCCGCGAAGAACUCGAGAUGUUCGAGGAUUACUAUGGAUCAUCAACUUCCGGUGCGGCGGAGUAUCACGGACGUGA